ACGUAAAAAAACUAACGAUUGAUGACGCAGGAAUUAAAGCGCAUACUCUCACCCUAUACCCACAGCUAUGUGUAUAUCCUGUCACAAAGCAUUAGCUACAUUUACAAAUUCUUGGCUGAUUGACUGCGAGCUCAAAUAAUAUAAUUAUCAAAUUUGUGCAGACAUACUAAAAUCGAAGAGUGAAAUAGUGCUGUCCUUCGAUGGAAACGAGCAAAGGAGAAAAGGAGAGGCAAAAACGCGUCAACGAAUCUAAACAUGUGGUUGGAGAAAUCGAAGAGUCAAGUGAAAGCGACCUGCCAACAUUUCUUCAAAAAUCGAAUUUCCGGACACCAGAAUGGUUAAGAGAAGCGUUGGCGGAGUUCAUGGGAACAUUCAUUCUUGUGGUGUUCGUGAUCGGCUCAUCCGCACAGGCAAUUUUAAGUUAUGGCGCCGCAGGUACUGCUCUUUCCACUCAUUUAUCUGGAGGAUUGGCACUAACAAUGGCAUUGUUCUGGGCAGCUGACGUAUCCGGCGCCCAUGUAAAUCCAGCUGUAACUUUGGGAUUCGCGUCUAUACAGAGAUUUCCAUGGAAGAAAGUGCCAAUCUACAUUGCCUCUCAAAUGCUCGGAUCCAUAAUAGCGGCAGCUGUUGUUUUCGCUCUUUAUCAUGAUUUUUUUGAUAAAUAUGACGGAGGAGUUCGACAGGUUGUAGGACGAAACGCUACAGCUGGCAUCUUUACUACAUUCCCACAACCCUUUGUAACCAAUGUGACUGGAUUCUUUAAUGAGUUCUUCGGUACAACGAUGUUUGUGGCACUUCUGUCUGCGAUACUCGACAAGAAGAACGGCAACAAGCCAAGUCCUGGGUUGGCACCAGUAGCUGCAGGAUUUAUUGUGAUGGUAAUUGGAAUGACAUUUGGCUACCAUUGCGGUUACCCCAUUAACCCAGCCAGGGACCUGGGACCAAGAAUAUUCAUCGCCAUGGCUGGUUGGGGUGGAGAAGCUUUCACUGCACAUGACCAUUGGUUUUGGAUUCCACCGGUUGCCUGCAGUCUCGGAGGUAUCUUUGGUGCAUAUUUGUACGUGUUGAUGGUGGAAUUUCACCGAAAGACAGAGGAAAAAUACAUCAAAAACCGGAACAGCAAUAAUCAACAAAUUUCAAUGAAUACAAUUGAGGUAGCUUAGAUGAAUGAAAACCGUACAAUUUGAAUUGGAGCAACUCAACAAGCUGGUCUCUCAAGGAAAAAAAUCUUUUUAUUUUUACUUUAUUCUUAUCUUUAUUCUUAUCUUAUCUUCAUAUAUCUUAUAAAUAUUGAUGUAUAUCCACAGAUAUAUUUCAUAAUUGUUCAUAAGUAUUCACAUAUAUCCAUUGCUCAUGUAUAAUUGAGGUACACUAUUCACUUAUCAUAUAGUGUAUAAUUUUGAUGACUUUAUACGUAUGCGUGAACUACUAUUGUGUUAACCCCACGAUCUAUAGGUAUUAUACAGUAUGCUCACUCUCAAAUACAUGCAAUCUGACGUAUGGAAAUAUAUUAUGUAAAUCAUGUUUCAUUUUACGUGUCAUUAGAGUGACAUUUACGCUGAAGAUAAAUAAGAAAGAUUUUGAUUAGUUCAAAAA